GUUGAACAAAGCAUUGCUUGAUUCAAAAUGCCCGCGGGCCAUGUCUCCGAACAUGUCGCAGCCGGUUCGUGCUGGAUGGGAUGGGCAACACUCUGGCGACGCAGUGGAUAGCUACUUCAGCGAAGGAGGCCCAGUGGCUUCCUACUACACUCGCGCCAAGAAGAACAAAGCUGAUCAAAAAGCCGAGCGCCGGACUUGGGUGGCUCAUCCACGGGAGGAAGUGGUAGCAGCCUUUGAUAAUUCUGGGCGCAUCGGCGGGGCUGGGCGGUACACCUUCGUGUCCGGCGACCAGCCAGAGCUAGAGGGGGCGGCGCCGGAACUGCCGGCAAUGAGCCUGGAUGGGGGCUCGGAGGAAGAAUUUCAGGAGUACUGGCACUGGAACUCCCUGAAUACGCGGAUGCGGGAGGACUGGUUUGAGCGGAUGGCGCACCCGCAGGUGAACUGCGAAGCCUUCUGGUACCACCCGGAGAGUGGCAUCACCACCUACGACUGCCCAGCCACGAGCAGUGUCCAGGUGUCCCCAGCGGACCUGACUUUGGACAUCCCGCGGGAGGGCCCCGUUUGGAACUUCACGGCUUUCGAGUUGAAGUCCAUCCUUCGGGAGGGUCACGGUGAGGACUUCGGCCUAGCAGCUGAGGCGCUGGCGCAGAGAGCCUGCUACGAAUUUGAGACCUGGCUGCCCAGGGUCUUGUCCUGGCACGACUACCAAUACCGCUGCUUCUGGUUCUUCGGCGGCAAAGACACCGGCAAGGAUUCCAAGGAAUCCAAGAGCUUCUUCGGCUCGGAUGCGGAGGCAAGUCGCCAGUUGUUUGCCGACGACGACUUUUUUGAAGCGUGUACACGUUUGCUGUGCCAACGCAUGGGCCGGAUGCACCCCAUCAACCUCACCUACUUUAUGUGGACGUAUGCACGCGCAGGAAUACGUCACGAGGAGCUACUCAAAUCAGUGGCGGAUCACUUCUGCAAAGGGUGGCUCCCCACAAUGGAUCGCUGCUCACUAGGCACUAUGGUUUGGAACUUCUCAAAGCUGGAAUUCCGGCAUGACAGAUAUUUCGAGCUCUCUGCCCAGGAACUGUAUCGACCCAAUCGGCUUCGCUCUCUAGCACCGCGGAACUUCCAGAAUAGCAUGAUAGCAUACAGCAAGCGCAAGCAUUGGAAUGCCAAGCUGAUGGAAGCCUUCUGUCGGGGCAUCCCGCGCUUGCUGGACAAUCACGACCCAAAGUUGCCUAAGACCAGCACGGAGGUCCUGUUUUCUUACACGUGCCGGGAUGGAAGUGAGGUGCCAGCAGAUGCCUUCCGGAUUGGCUCCCUGACUGUGAUUGCCAAAGCCUUCCAUGACCUCCGUGCACGUGGUGCUGCUGUUCAAGAGUGCCUGAAGUCUAUGCUGGACUACGUGGUGCGGAGUGUGCAGCGGUCUCCCCAAAUGAUGCGAGAGCCGGGUGAUGCUUGCAGUUUCUUGCGGCAGCUAGGCUUCUAUGCAGCUGAAAGCGGGAUGGACCUGUCGGGAUGGCAGCUGGAGCUCCAGGACGCUCGUAAGGGCGCUCCGGAAAGAGCAGUUGGACAGAUGGAGGCUGCACUUCGGAAGGCUGGAGUGGAAGUGUGAAGGCUGAGGCAAAGACUGCCUCAAGCAAAGAUGUUCUGCCCGCAGGCCGUCGGAUUUGAUGGGCCUGUUGUCACA